GCACGGCGUACUAAUCCGACGCACACCAACAACCACACCAUUUGAAGUUGAACCCUCGCUCUCUCGCUCGCUCCGCAACUCCUUUUCCUCUUAUCCCUCUUCGUUUUCUCCUCCCGCAACAGCAUUUCGCCAAAUACGAAUUCAACCACCCAAGAACAACUCCCCAAAGAAGCAGAUAUGAAGGCGUCUCUGAAGGGGAAGUACGACCUGGACAAGAACGGCGCCGCCGCCACCAUCGGGGUCAGCGCCGGCGAGCUCAAGCUCCGGGCCUCCAUCACUGACGGCACCGUCGUCAAAGGCCCCAGCAUGAACGGCCUGGUCCUCGCCGUCGAGAAGCCUGGGUUCUUCAUCGUGGACUACAACGUCCCCAAGAAGGACUUUAGGUUCCAGUUCAUGAAUUCGGUCCGAAUUGCCGAGAAGCGGUUGAAUAUGACAUACAUCCACAGCCAGGGCGAUAACCGGACGAUUCUUGAAGGGGCACUUGUGAUCGAUCCGGCUAAUAAGUUAUCGGCGAAUUACUUGCUUGGUCCAGGGAAUUGCAAGUUGAAGUACACUUAUGUCCAUAGAGGGGUGACUACAUUUGAGCCUUCUUAUGAUCUGUCGAAGAAUGCGUGGGAUUUUGCAGUUGCAAGGAAUGUAUAUGGGGAUGAUGUGCUCAAGGCGACUUACCAGACCACGAGCAAGGCGUUGGGGCUGGAGUGGUCGAGGAAUACAAAUUUGAAUGGGUGUUUCAAGAUAUCUGCUUCUCUCAAUCUGAAUGAAGAAUCGAAGGUGCCAAAAUUAACUGCUGAAAGUACAUGGAACUUCGACAUGUGAUCAAUUGCGUAUUCCUUCAAGGGGAGUGCUAGUUUCAUUUUCUCGUUGAGAUUUAUUUUACCUGGAUGAGCAUCCUACCCUAGUUGACUGUGGUCCUGAUACUGCUCAGCAUCUCUCACUUCUUGAUACUUUUCAUUUAUAAGAGAGCUAAGUUUGGG